AUGAUAUCUUUUCGCGUUCAGCAUCGGCAUGAGGCUCGUAGUCGUCGCGCUUUUACCGUCCAGGAGCCUCGUUGGGUCCUCAAGAAAUUGGAUCCCGAGAAGAUGGCCACGGUGCUGGAAUUCGCAUCGUGGGCCACGUCGGUGCCCGCUGCGACGUUACCCUUGGAGGAACGGGCCGUAGACCUCGUUCAGCGUGUGGUGGACCUUUGCGACGUCGUGAUGCCCCGUGUUCGACCGGGCAAUGAUCGUCCGAGCGUCUUCUGGUGGACGGACGCCCGUAAGGCGGCUAAUGCGGCGCGUCGCCGAUAUACGCGCGCUCGCCGCAAACCCGACGCGGACCGCGUUGCGAUGCUUCGAGAGGCUUACACGCAGGCUCGCCGUGAUUACCGUGCGCAGAUUUCGAAGGCGCAACAACAGGCCUGGGCCGCUUUGCUCGAGCAGGUUAACCAGGACCCUUGGGGUCGUCCGUAUCGCACGGUCUUGAAGCGCUUGAGCCCGCGUGGGACUAACCCGCUGGAUGUGUUGCCGGUCUCUGACGUGAGCGUUAUUAUCGCUCACCUGUUUCCACCGGCUCCGACUGUGGCGCCAUUUGUCAUGGACGCGGUGGCCCCCGCGGUCACUGCCCCCGAUCUUUGGGACUUGCCUCACGAGGUUACGGAGCUUGAGGUCACGCGCGUUUUGCGCAAACUAGGCACGCAGGCUACCGCCCCGGGCCCCGACGGGACGCCUGGUUUGAUCUGGCGCAAGAUACUGCAGUCGGCGCUGAAUAUGAUUUUAUCGGUCAUUAACUAG